AUGGCGGCUCCCGCGACAGAGAACAUGGACAAACAAGUCGAUCUGUCCACCAUUCCCGUUUCGCCCAACGGCCAAGACGAUGCUGCCGACGCCAAAGCCGAUGGCAAGGAUGUCACUGUCUUCCACGACAAGGACAACUUCAACGUCAAGCACCCUCUCCAGAAUAGAUGGACCCUGUGGUUCACCAAGCCUCCCAGUGGCAAGGUAGGUGACAACUGGAACGAUCUGCUGAAGGAGGUCAUCACAUUCGACUCUGUGGAGGAAUUCUGGGGUGUCUACAACAAUGUUGCGCCAGUUUCCGAGCUGCCUCAAAAGGCCGACUAUCAUCUUUUCAAGGAAGGUGUGCGCCCUGAGUGGGAGGAUCCACAGAACAAGCAUGGCGGCAAAUGGUCAUACCAAUACAAGAACAAGCAAGCUGUCGACAUUGACCGUCUGUGGCUCCAAGUCAUGAUGUCUGCUAUUGGCGAGACCCUGGAGGAGGAAGGGGACGGCGAGGUGAUGGGUGUCGUUGUCAAUGUCCGCAAGGCAUUCUACCGCGUCGGCGUCUGGACUCGUACGAUAGGGAAGAGCAUUCCAGGUCGUGGCGACGGAGAUGUGGCUGGUGGCAAGGGUCGCUCCAGCGAGAAGGGCCGGAACAUUCUGUUGAACAUUGGCCGCAAGUUCAAGGAGAUCCUGGAGCUGCCUGCCAACGAGCAGGUUGAGUACUCUGGACACACGGACAGUGCGAACUCGGGCAGCACAAGGGCAAAGGCUAAGCACGUGGUCUAA